AUGGCCGAAGCCCAGCGGCUGAUCGGGAUAUCGCUGGCGAAGAUAGCCCAAUCGCGGGUGUGCCGUGGUGGGGUAUCGCUCCACAAGAACCUGCUGGUGGCGACCGUCCUCCAGAAGGCACGUUACAUCUUCAUGGAGGAAGCGUACCACAUCGUGCACGGACACUAUUUGCAGCAGCAGCAGCAACAGCAGCAGCACCAUCAUCAGCUGAUGCAGGAGCAGCAGAAUGCCGCCUAUCUGCUGGCGGGUCACUGUGACGGUUCGUCUGCUGACAGCUCAUCAAAUGACAGUUGUGAUGAUGAGUGCAGCAACAGCAAGUGCGGUGAGGUGGAUGAGAAGCCCCAUCUGCACACGAUAGGCACCGCUCAAGAGGACGAACUGGUCGAUCCGGUUGAAGAAGAUGAAACGUCUCCUUCGUCCUGUGCUACCAUUGGGGAGAGCUUAUCGUAUGACUGUGACAGUACCAUUCUGCCUACUACGAUCGGUGGUCUACCGCUCGAGCCGCUCAACAUGUGCCGCAACGGUGAUGGUUCGUCCGGCACGGAAGAGGAAGACGAAGAGGAAGAAACGGGUCCGGGAGGGGAUGAUGAAGAGAAGCAAACAUCGCCACCACACGAUGUGUCCCAUCUGUUCCUACUGCCAGCACUAGCACCGUGGAUAGGUGCCGCGGAGGACAAUAAGGAGAACGUUAGCACCGGCGGAUCCUUUCCAUUCCUACCGUCCGUAGUGUCCUCACCAUUCGACGACGAAGAAGACGAGGAAGAGCCCGAAGACGAGGAAGAUGAGGAGGAAGAAAACACCUGUCAGGAUCUGUCCUGCCAUCAGCGGAAGCCGGCAGUGGUGGAGGAGCAAACGCCCGAACUGGUGAAGCAGUUUGAAUCGGCCGUCCGAUCGAAGGGUGCUAUGCGGUACUUCGAUCUGGACGAUCGGCGAACGGUGGGCCGGCCCGAACGCAGACGCCGAAGGCAUCGUACGGAGGGUGACCAUCAGCAGCAACAACCUUUGGACAGCAAUUCCACUGCUACGCCAGCGAAACGUCGUCGAUCGUCUACGACCGACGAGUCUAAGGCGUCGCUUGCUAUGGCGAAUAGCGAAACGGGCAACAGUGACCCAGUGGAGGAUGAUGAUCGCAUCCUGCCGAUAGCGCUGCUCUCCGCCAAGCGCAUGAAGACGUGUGAUUCCCAACGCCCCCUAACGCCGGCCAUAUGCAGCAGUAGCAGCCACGGUAAUACCAGCCCACCACAGUUCUAUUCGUCGCCGCACGAAACCAUCUGUGCGGGCGAUGCGGAAACCUUGUCCGAGUGUGUGAAUCAGCAGCUUGAAGCGGAAAAUCUCACCACCACAAGCCUUCCGGCUUCCGGAGCAAAGUCACCGGAGCAGCAGCCGCACACGGCCGAGCAGCCGGAACAUUCCGACACGGAUGCGCCGCCUACGCCGUCGGUGGAAAGUAUCGACCGGAUAACGUCGCUGGUUUCGAUCUUCAGCUUCGGCAAUCUGUCCCGGUCCGUGUCGACGCCCGACUUCUGUGCGGCCCAGGCCCAGAAGGACAGCCGGCCCGAUGCGGGCGGUUCGCUGUUGACCAGCCAGCUGCAACAUCACGGACAGCGCGGCUAUCUGACGAUGACCGUAUAACUAAUGUUGCUGCGGGCCCUCGAUUACGGUGCCGGUGGAUGGAAUUACUUCGAGUAC